ACCUUGAAGCCCAGGAUGAUCCUGUCUAAUUCCACGGCUGCGCUGCCCUUCCUGACCACGCUGUGGCAGGAGACAGCCGAGCAGGACGGCGACGCGUCAGGCCUGGCUCGCAGGUCUCAGCUCCGCGAUGACAGCAAGCUGGAAGCGCUCUACAUCCUCAUGGUGCUGGGCUUCUUCGGCUUCUUCACCCUGGGCAUCAUGCUGAGCUACAUCCGAUCCAAGAAGCUGGAGCACUCGCACGACCCCUUCAACGUGUACAUCGAGUCAGAUGUCUGGCAGGAGAAAGACAAGGCGUUCUUCCAGGCCCGCGUUCUGGAGAGCUGCAGAGCAUGCUACAUCAUUGAAAACCAGGCGGCUGUGGAGCAGCCUGCUGCUCACCUUCCCGAACCCCACAGCUAGUGAGGAGCAGACAAGCCCCACCCACAUGGGACAGUCUUUCUGGUCACACGCAUGUCAUAGUCUUUACUGUAGGGGUGCCGUUGGAGUCUUUGCUAGUGAAGGAUUGAGGGAUGAAUUAAUAACACACGUUUUCUAAAAUCACAUUCCUGCUAUAAUAGAUGAUCAAUUUAUUCUGCA